AUGGCAAAACCUUUAGAUCAUAUCAAAAGACCCAUGAAUGCGUUCAUGGUGUGGUCCAGAGGCCAGAGGAGGAAAAUGGCCCAGGAGAACCCAAAGAUGCACAACUCAGAGAUCAGUAAGAGACUGGGCGCGGAGUGGAAGCUGCUCUCCGACUCGGAGAAGCGCCCUUACAUCGACGAGGCCAAGAGGCUGCGGGCUCAGCACAUGAAGGAGCACCCGGACUACAAGUACCGACCCCGGCGCAAACCCAAGAGCCUCCUGAAGAGGGACCGCUUCGUUUUCCCGUCUUUGCUCGGGGACGCAGAGCAUUUGAAGGGGUUUUCCAUGGACUCCUUCCUCAUCCCCGGGGAUAAAACCAGAGCUUUCUUCGCUCCCGUCUCCUCCUCCUCCUCCUCCUCCCCUUCUUCCUUCUCGCUGCUGGAGCCCGUGGCGCAGUUCAGCACCGGAGCUGUCCAGCGCAUGGUGCAUGAGAUCCCGCACGCUCUGGCGGCCGGCGCUCUGCCCUACAGCGCGCAGAGCUUCGGAUACCAGACUGCCGGAGGGCUCGGGGCUCUGUGCUGCCACGGACAGCACUCCCACAGCCACCCGUCCCCCUCCGGCCCCGGGUACGUGGUGCCGUGUAACUGUAGCGCCUGGUCCGCAGCCGGGUUACAGCCGCAGGUCGCCUACAUCCUCUUCCCUGGAGGGGUGCCCAAGGGCGGCAUGGACUCGUACACUUCCCCCAGCUCCAGUGUGUGACGCGCGGGCACAACAUGGGGGAAAGUUUGCACAUACAGGAACUCUCCAUUAAAUAUGAGAAAAUAACCAGAACAAACAUGUUUCUAUCCUGAACAUAUCACAGCCAAAUAAGAUAUGGAUAUAGUAGCCUAUUGUUUCAUAGAUGUUAUUUCAAAAUGUCAGAAAUGCUGCAUACUGAGAACCAAAAACACUUACAGUCUCCAUACGCGUUACAAGGUUAAUGCACAGUAAACAUUUUUGUUAAAUAUGUUAUUUUGUUACUCUUUUGAGAAAUGCAACUUCAAAAUAAAAUUCCCAGCCACACUUUCUAUAAAACUGAUAACAAAUCCACACUGCAGUCACUUAAAUUAAAAGCUGAUGAGAAUGAAUUGUUCUUUUUACCGUGGCAUA